AUGGUGGCAACGAUACAAAACUGCAACCUAGAGGAGCAUCUUUGCCACAUCACUCUUCUGCAAAGUCUUGUGGACCGCCUUCCACUCAUGAUUCGGCUAAAUUGGGCAACAUAUCGCCAGGGUAUACAUCGAGCAACGCUCACUGAGUUCAGCGCGUGGCUCUACACACUUGCCGAGGCAGCAAGCACGGUAACGCUUCCGCAAGCCCAAAUAGUGUCAGAUAAAUCUCGGCGUAUGAGAAAAGAUGACGGUUUUUUGAAUGCACAUACUGAAUCUGCUCCGAAGCGUAAAGAACAUGUCAGCGGUUCCCGUUUGGGUAAAUGUUUAUUUUGUCGAGGAAACUGUGAAGCCGUGGAAGAUUGCAAGCAGUUUUUGAUACUCGAUCAUGCAUCCCGAUGGAAUGCGCUCCGCGAAUAUAAGCAUUGUCGCUGUUGCCUUGGAAAGCAUCAGGGUCCGUGUAUGUCAAUCAAAGAAUGUGGUAAAAAAGGAUGUGCGUACAAGCAUCACCGAUUGUUGCACAACGACGCGAAGGAUAAGCCUUCUUUCCCCUCUACAUUACACCGCCAGGAGCCAGGCAGUAGUACAAGCAAGCAAGACGUUACUGAGCAUACUUGCAACACACAUCGAAGCAACAACAAAUCUGUGUUGUUUCAGUACAUACCCGUCACACUUUACAACAAAGGAACCCGAAUCAACACUUUCGCCUUCCUCGAUUGCGGAUCGUCGUUGACGUUGAUAGAAGAAGGGCUAGCUUCGGAGUUGCAACUGGAAGGAGAAAGCCAUCCACUUUGUUUACGUUGGACUGCUGAUACCUGUCGGUACGAAAAUUCGGCCAUGAGGGUUUCGCUUGAAAUAUCUGGUGCAAGAAACGGAAAACCAAAGUAUCGCCUUACUGAUGUCUACACAGUGAGGAAUUUGAAUCUGCCAUAUCAGUCCCUGUCAUUCGACGAACUCUGUACGAAGCAUAAUCAUUUGCAUGGGAUACCGGUGGAUUCGUAUUCAGAUAUUCAGCCUCGUAUAUUAAUCGGUAUGAAUAACAUACGUUUUGUAAACCCUUUGGAAAGCCGCGAGGGUGCAGAGCAUGAACCAAUAGCGUCCAAAACGAGAUUGGGGUGGAUGGUUUACGGGACGUGUACUGCCGAAAAUAAAUCGAAUCCGAGCAUCGCUCCACACAGUUUUCAUAUGUGUCAUCACUCCUUACAAAAUGACGCCGAACUGAAUUCAGCGGUCAAUGCUCAUUUUGCUCUUGAGAAUCUGGGUAUUUUCAAACCAGAAAAGUUGCUCCUAUCGACGGAAGAUGAACGUUCCAGUAAAAUGAUGCGUUCAGUUACAAAAUUCGAAAAUGGAAGGUGGCGAACAGGGCUACUUUGGAAAUUUGAUGACAUUCGACUCCCCGACAGCAGGCCUAUGGCAUUGCGACGACACAAUUGUCUAAUGAAGAGGAUGGAACGCGAUUUGAGUUUAGCUGCAACACUCAGGGCAAAAAUGGACGAGUAUAUACAAAAAGGUUACGUUCGAAAGCUGUCGUUGGAGGAACUGCAGGAACACAGGGAUCGUAUUUGGUUCCUGCCAAUAUUCCCUGUGUUCAACCCAAACAAGCCAAACAAGAUUCGAAUGGUUUGGGAUGCAGCAGCGACGGUGAGAGGAGUCUCGCUUAACACCGUUCUCAUGAAAGGACCAGAUCUUCUGAUAGCAUUACCAUUUGUACUGUAUGGAUUUCGUGAGCGCCCAAUUGCAGUAUGUGGAGAUAUCGCCGAGAUGUUCCUGCGUAUACUAAUGAGUCCGCUAGAUCAACAUUGUCAGCGGAUUAUUUGGUGUGAGCAGGAUGGUACGAUUGCAGAAUAUGUUGUAACUGUAAUGACGUUUGGCGCUAAAUGCUCGCCGAGCUGCGCGCAGUUCGUCAUCAAUGAGAAUGCAGCACGAUUCACAGCACAAUUUCCAGAAGCCGUUAAAACCAUUAGGAAAUGUCAUUAUGUCGAUGACAUGUUGGUAAGCAUCGACACCGAAGAGGAAGCGAUAAAACUGUCAAAGGACAUCCAGCACAUCCAUCUGCAGGGUGGGUUCACUAUGAGAAACUGGAUUUCAAAUUCUCCUGCUGUUUUACAAGAGCUCGGAGAGCCAGGACAGGUGGAAAAGAAUUUAGGUGUGGACAAUGAGGCAGUACUGGAGAAGAUUCUUGUAAUGUGGUGGGACACCAGGACCGACACCUUUCGAUACAAACUCUCAACUCAACGUAAUCAAGAACUUCUAUCCGGCAGUAAGCAUCCCACCAAACGAGAUGUACUGCGUGUACUGAUGUCAGUAUAUGAUCCCCUCGGCUUGAUAUCACAUUACAUGAUAUAUCUGAAGCUGCUAUUCCAAGAAAUUUGGAGGAUGGGAUCAUCAUGGGAUGACGAAAUUGGCGAAAAGCAGCUGAUGAAAUGGAAGAAUUGGCUACAGCUCUUACCGGAGGUUCAAUCCGUGCGAAUUCCACGUUGCUAUCACCUGUCCCCCUCACGUGGUAGGCUUCGUACGAUCGAGCUGCAUACGUUCGUGGAUGCCAGCGAACUCGGAUAUGCAGCAGUUUGCUACUUCCGAUUCAUUGAAGGGGAUAAAAUCUCGCGUUCACUAGUCGGAUCAAAAAGCAGAGUUGCACCGAUCAAGUUUGUAUCAAUCCCACGACUUGAGCUUCAGGCGGCGGUGAUUGGCACUCGUUUAGCGAGAAGCAUUGAAGAAGGACAUUCAAUCAAAGUUGACCGGCGAUCCCAGUUCGUUGCAUUUCGUGUUGGUGAGAUUUUGGAAGCCACGAAUAUAGAAGAAUGGAGAUGGAUUCGCGGAAAAAUCAACGUUGCCGACGAAGGUACGAAAUGGGAUGGUCCACCAAAUUUCGAUGUCAAUUGCCGUUGGUUUGCGGGACCGCCUUUUCUGUCGAAAUCUACAUCGGAGUGGCCGAAAACAUCGAUCAACGAAGAAACAGUAGAGGAGCUCCGGCCACGAUUGCUGCAUCAUCACGCUCAGGUGGCCGAUGAUAUUCUGCGACCGGACGACCAUUCCAACUGGACUCGCUUACUACGACUUACGGCUCUAGUGCAGCGAUUUCCAAACAACAUCAAGCGAAAACUUAAGAAUGAAGAGCUUCUUCUAGGACCACUGACCAGCGAAGAGCUACUGGCGGCUGGCAAUUAUCUCUAUAAGCGAGCUCAAUGGGAUUGCUACCUGGACGAAAUGUCGAUGUUGUCAGCGGGUAGGACCAAUUUACCGUAA